UUUUAUCCGCAGUCGCAGUCCAUAUUAUUGUACGGCGACAAUUACAAUAAUAACAACAAUAACAAUACAAUUAUCGCCGUCGUAUAUUGAAACACGAAUUCGUAUUGUUUCCAUAAAAUUUUCGCGUUCGUCCGGGACCUUGCCGUCCGUCCUCUGUGGCCGACUGUAGCCUAACCUAUACCUACGUCGCGUCGUUUCGUGCCCCGGCGGUCGUCCGCUAAAAUGUCUGUCAUCGACGAGACCGCGCCUCCCGCCGAGUCCACCGCGGACGUCGACCGAGAAGACGGUUCCGGCGGUAAUUCCGAUCGGCGACGGCGACAACAGCACCACGGAUCGGCCACGUCAGUCGGCGCCGGGGGAGUGACGUUCGACGACUUGGAACGUCGCGGAUCGCGGACGCCGCCAGACACGGACGCCGCCGUAUCCAUCGUCGUCGACGGUGCCACUGAUCGGACGCCACUGCUGAAUCGGAGGGUAGCGUACCGCGACGAAGACGGAAGCUGCAACGACCGCGGCGCGGACAGAGUCGUCUUCGAAGGGUUAGGCGAAAGUUCCAAGUACGGGUCCGUUAAUGAAGACGUGUUCAUGAGCACAACACCGACGAUGACCGGAGCUUUUGUACGGCAACCGUCAAACGGUUCUGGUAAAGUGUACUGCAUACACGGCAAACCGUCAGGCUGUUGCGCCACACUGGUCUCGACCGAGGACAGCAAUUCCAACCACGAAACCCCCGACCCGGCAGACGGAAAAUCAUCCAUCACAAUCUUCAAUGAACACUGUCACCCGAACCGAGAGAGCACGUCGAGCAGUCAGAAGGCCAGGCGAAAACUCAUAUUCGCCAGCAUACUGUGUCUGCUGUUCAUGGUCGGAGAGGGAAUCGGAGGGUAUUUGUCGAGCAGUCUGGCCAUCGCGACGGACGCGUCACAUCUGCUCACGGACUUCGCCAGCUUCAUGAUAUCGCUUUGCGCCAUAUGGGUGGCCUCGAGGCCGGCCACGCAGUCGAUGCCGUUCGGCUGGUACAGGGCCGAGGUGUUGGGCGCCCUCACGUCCGUCCUCCUCAUCUGGGUGGUCACCGGCGUGCUGUUGUACUUGGCCGUCGAGCGCCUCACGGACAUGACGUACACCAUCGACGCCGACAUUAUGCUCAUCACGUCCGCCGUCGGACUGUGCGUCAACUUGGUAAUGGGCUUGACCCUUCACCAGCACUCGCACUCUCACGGCGGAGGCAGUCUCGAGUCGCACAGCCACGACGAGGCGACCGGUCGCAGCACCUCCAACAUCAACGUCAGGGCAGCCUACAUACACGUCCUCGGAGACAUCAUCCAGAGCCUUGGCGUGUUGAUUGCCGCCGUUAUCGUUUACUUCAGACCUGAUUGGAAAAUCGUGGAUCCAAUAUGUACGUUCAUGUUUUCCUUGCUGGUGUUGGUCACUACCUUUAAUAUACUCCGAGAUACUAUGGUAGUAUUGAUGGAAGGCAUGCCGAAAGGAGUGAAUUUCGUAGAUGUCCUGGAGACAUUCAUGAGCAUCGACGGCGUGGUUAGGGUGCACAACCUCAGGGUGUGGGCCCUGAGUCCGGACAAAAUAGCUUUGGCCGCCCAUCUGGCAGUCAAGCCCGGAGCGAACACUACUACAGUGCUAAAAGAAGCUUCGCGCAAGAUGUACAAAAAGUACAAUUUCUUCGAUUGCACGCUACAAAUCGAAGAAUUCGAAACUCAGAUGGAGAACUGCAAACAAUGUCAGCCGCCCAAGUGCUGAUAAAACGGUUGCCCGUCCACAACUGGACCCCCCCCCCCCUCCAAGCAAAAAUCUUCACCUAACGUGUUUAUUAUAAUUUCCUAUUAUAAUAUUAAUAUUAUAGUUUAUUACACUGUGUACAUAAAACAUAUUUUAACCAUCGUUUCUCUACCGCGAGAGUACUAAAUACCUAUAUAUGUAUUUAUCACACAUGCGUAUAUUAUUAUUGUUAUACAUAUUCGUAUGUGGUCAUGUGUAUGUAUAAUGUAUAUUAUAUAUAUAAAUCAUAUGUAUGCGAUUAGUAUAGAUCAUAAACCACGCAGUGAACGUUGGUUAUUUUUAAACUAUAGUUUUUAUUUAGCUAGUGUUUAUAAUCAAUUAGUGGUAUACAAAAUUAUCAUUGAAAUUUAUAAUUUUAGAUAAAUUCAAUGUUUUGGUUGUAUACUCAACUUUUAUUGUAUAUUUAUACGACUUGUAAAUUCGUUGAGGUAAUGCUAUAAUGAAUGUAUUUAUCAGAACUAAUUGUCAAGUUCAAAAAUCUAGUAAAAUAUAACUUAUAAGUAAAUCCAUAUAAUAUUAUUUAUUAAUAAUAAUUAAAAUAAUAUAAUUUACAUUUUUAUUUCAUAAUUUAUUUAACGGUUUUUUUUCAAAUCUUUAAUUUAUCUCUAACAAUUAGAUUUAAAUUGACAAAAUCGUAUACACUAAUGUUAAUAAUUUAGACUCGUGUCAUAUAUCUAUUACAGUAGCCAGUAUUGGUACCUACCUAAAUAUAUUUUAAAUCCAUUCGUUUGAUUCUUAUAGUUAUGAUCAAUAUAUAAAUUGAAUUUAUUUUUA